CACACACACACAGGUGUGUGUGUAUGCAUAUUUUAUAAGGAGCUUAAGGGAAUUUAUGUUCCCACUUGCCACUAAAUUUCAAUGUGAUUUGGGCUCAUAAUUUACUUAAUUCUCUUCAAAAAGCCCAGCCCAAGUGUUUUGCCAAAUUGUGGCGCAGAUACCUUGCAUUAGGUUAUCAAGUCCCUUUUUAGACAUGCUGAUUGUCCACAAAUUCCAGUGAAGUUAGUGGUAGCUGCUAGUGCUCAGCAGCUUUGGAAAUCAGACUUUUUUUUUCUUUUGAAGUGUAAAAGCUUACGGCUUUAAUUGCUUCCAGCAUCAUUUUUGUUAGAGUCGCUAUGGGGUUUUUAUGCAUAUUUUACAGAGAAAAAUAGGAAGGGACUAAAGGAGGAAAACAACAACACAACAACAAUAAUACUAAUUAUUAUUAUUAUUGUUUCAUAAUAGAAAACAGGAUUGGAUGGGAGGGACCUCAGGAGGUCAACUUGCCCAGUAGGAUCAACAUAGUUAAAUGAACAGAGUCAACAUUAUCAGAAUUAGAAUUGUAGUAGUGCUUAGAGGUUUCAGUGAAGGACAAGCUUAAUUAUAGAUGGCAUUGUACACAUGUACAUGCACACCUCUUAGGAUGUGCCUGCUGCACUUGUGUAACUAUCUAUUUUAUCUAUCAAAGUGUAGUAGAAGGGGCUUAUAACAGUGUAAGGAAUGCAGAUUCCUUAUGUACAACGAAUGGCUACAACUGGAAAAUCUUCCAGUGCUGCGCCUUAAAUGUUGUAAAAGUGCUUUGAUCUGUUAACAAAUAUUUUAGAAUUAUUAAAUUAAAUAAAAGCUUAUGUAUAAUUAUGAAUAGCAAAUAUAUAUGUAUAUGACUGUCUAUAUCCAGUAGCUUGAUAUCACAAUGCUUCCAGGUAUGGUUGAAAGCAAAUGAAACUGCAUCCAAGCAAACCAGGCUGGGUCGAAGAGCCCUUUAUAUCAUCAGCUCUGACAACACCCGACAUCUUACUAGUUUUUCAGUGUUGGGGGCAGUUAGCAAACUACACGUGCGUGUGCUUUCCUGAACCGGAGCCUUAAGAAUUCCUUAAAGUUCACCUCAGUGCAUCGAGGCGCUGGCAGUCUGUGCGAUUCCCAAAGACUGCCAAGAAAGCCAAACGAGCUAUAUUUUAAUUGGGAAUAUCUGCAUACCGCACAACAAAUUCUUGAAUGCAUAAGCAGAAGGAAAGCUCACUUCAUUUACCGUAACUUUGCGCAGCGCUGGGUUAUUUAUAGACCCAGUCCCGUAAACCUGACUCACACAUUUGACCCACCGAAGUCAAUAAGACUUACUUGUACAGAUGAGGACUACUCGGGUGAGUAAAGGCAGCAGGACUGUGUUCUAUGUUUAGCUGAUCGGCGUCAAUUGAGACAGCCUACCUUUGCUUUAUUUUAAGCUCUGUGGAUGUCACGCAACAUGCGAGAGCUAGGUAUUAUCAUUCGUUACUAUGGGUAAAUAAUGGUGGGCUUGAUUCACGCUAUUUGGAACAAGCACUGAUAGUCACUGACUACUUACGGGACGUGCUUAUGCCCGCUGAAGCUGACAAACUGAGGGAGCCCAGAACUUCUCUGGUUGAGACAGAGAAACGUACCGUAUGCAUGUGAAUUGCUCAUCUUGCUUUGCAAUCAAAAGUGCUGCUAGAGUAAGUUUCUCUUCUGCGCGAUGGACCGUAUUUGACGGUCAGCAGAAUAGGUGGGAGCUUUGUGUGGAAAAGGGGCUCUUAGUUGAAACAAAUUGGAUAAGAAACACUUUUCUCACGCGUGUUGUGUCAUUUACAAACCGUUUGUUAUAUGCUAUGAAGAGAAUCCAUUAUAGAAACUUAAACCUGCUGCAGUGCUGGCUCCACUCAGUAGACAAGUUCUGUCUCUGAAUUGCAGCUGGCAGUGAAACAUCAGCCCCUCAAGUCUGGAGAAGGGUCAGUGAAUGAAACCCUCAACGGCUUAUUCAGGUACUGCAUUCCCUGUCCAGACCACCUGCUGGGAAGAUGGAAAAUUGUACCGUGUGGUGGCAAAGCAUCGCAAUCUCAUGCGUGACCUUUAUCUUCUAUAUACUUCCUUUGAUUGGCUUCUACAUCAUGCUCAGCAGAAAAAUAGACAAGCACUCCUGUCACAAAGAGGCAAGGAGCAGUGGCAGCACAGAAGCAAAGCAAGAGCCACUCAAAACACCUCCGGCAGCAGCAGGGGACGCGCCAAGAGUAACCUAUGAGGAUGACAGUGAAACCUCCUCAGAAACAUCCGAGGACUCAGACAGCAGUCCCUCCGCCGGGCAGGGCCCAACAUCACAGGAAGGCAUCAAUUACACCACCCUCCUCUUUGCAGCCACGGGACGUGGCACAGGCUCUAGCGGGGACUACGAGAACAUGAAGACAGCGACAGAUUACGUCAACGUGGAUCCCAAAAAGCAGAAAGUGGAUUUCUGGGUCUGCUCGAGCCCUACAACCUCCAAAUCGAUCGAAUACACUGAAGUGAAGCUGUGAUAAUGCAGCUGGCCAAGCUCUACAGGGGCAGAGCUCCUCUCAGCUGCCUCAGUGGCACCUCCACGUCUGUUCAUAGAGCCAUUUUCCUCCGCACUGCAACACAGUGCCUGCCAAGCAUGGAAGCAGGAAGACUUAUCUUCCUUACCCUGCCUCCUGUGACCGUGCAUGGUAUCUUUUUCUUUCCUGCACUUGCUAAGCUUGGGGCCUCCAAUACAAUGCAAGAGUGAGUGUCACCAGCUCUGAAUGCUGUAUGGAAGAGAAAGCAUGCCUUCCCUCAGCCUUGGAUGCACUUUUCAGUUUCCUUGAAUGCCCCUUGUUCUCACACAAGGGAAGGAGCUGAUAGGACCCCAGUGCUUGUAAUCAAGCAUCAAUCCAGCCUCAGAGAAGAGAAGCCAAAGGAGCUGAAGCACUCCUUUGACUUACGCACAUAUAAUAAAACCCUUUGACAUCCAUUUCCCAAACCUGCGUUGCCCUUUCUAUUUGGGAAGGGCUAAUUGUUUUCCUUCUUUCCUUUAACUUUUGAAAGCCCUUGACUACUGAGAGGAAGCUCACCCUGCAUUUCUGCAGGCAGUCGCGCUGGGCCAGAGGACAGGGGCUCCCCUCUGAGUGGUCUGGAGCAUCCCCUCCUUGAGGACAGAAAGCUGUGUCUUCAUCCGAUAUGCUCAUGAUUAUGUAGCCCUCUAUUUAGCUGCCUUAGUAGCUGGGGCCAGUUCCCAGGCAGAACUCAUUAGGUACGUGCAAACAGUGGUGGGAGGCUUUGGCGGCACUGAGCAGGUUGGGGUUGUGGGGACCAAACAUCCCUUGGAGAAUAGGUGGGAUCUGCUGUAUAAGCUUCUUCCCCACCUGCAGUGCUAACUGGAGUCCUGUCAGAGCCCAGGGCUCCCUAGGAGUAUUAAUUGCUUGAGCACAGUUGCUGGCACUGGAGGCAGGCGACCUGCUGGGAAUUUCCCUCCCCACCUUAUGUCAUAACUAUCAGCACAGAUGGUGAAAGGGGGUCAGGGUGUGCACCACUACAAAGGAAUAUAGCAACUACCGGCCUCGAUCAGGCCACUGGUCAGUCUGCUUCAGUCCCCUGCUUCCGGUCUGAUGAUUGAUUGAUUUUUGCAGAAGCUCUUUAACAAUCAAGACAUGGGCUUCAACCAACGCUUGAAUCUGCAGAAGCACCUCUGUUCCCUAGGGACGAUGCCACGCUCUCAUCGAGCAGCUCCUGCUAGCCUGUCAGCUGCUGGCACAGGCUGAGUUUUGUAGCUGCCUCUUGCUUUUGUCCCACUCUCUGGGAGCUUGCUGUUGACUUCAGUGUGAGUGAGAAUGUGCCAGGAUGGCGCCUACGGUAACGGUGUGACUUGUGUCUUGAUUCAAAGCCUCCCGGAGUUCUUUCAUGACAAGUUAAUUUAGAAACAGAGGCCGGACCCUUCUGAGAUCAUCAGCUUUUAGAACCAGCUACAGGCAGCAGGUAGAGAGCUCCCUUCCUUCAUCCCGUCCUGCGCUGCAUGAGAGCAGGAGCGCUGUUCAGGCUCCAUCUGCACUGGCUUUUUGUUUCCUGCUCCAGCACAUAACCCUCAUCGCUGAACUAAUGACUGCGAAGGAGCCAGGCCUGCCGGUUCAUUAAGGCAAUCACUAUAUUCCUUUAACACCCAAAGGCUGCCCUGAAGCUUUCAGGGCUGGGUCUCAGUUACACAGUGUUGCCAGCUCCCUUGAUUCUGAUGCUAAUCUUGCCAUUUUCAGGCUUUGGGUCCCAGUAGUUGGAAUCUUGGUCCUGUCUUUUGUUCAAAAAAUAAAGUCUCCAGCUCAUAUAGCAGAGGUAAGCUGGAGCGCACAAAUUGAGUACACCUCAAACAGCAAAACCCAGAGGCCAACAAAAAGCAAAUAUUGGGAUCUUUGAAGCAAAAUAACAUGAAUUUUUAAGCCAAUGGCAUGCUUUGUUGGGGGAGGGAUCCUGGCUUUCAGAUGUUUGGGAUGGGCAGGACUGAUUGCGCUAGCAGUGUCAAGGGGUGGGUAUAAAUGUAAUUGGUAUAACUGUCAUCAAAGCCUCCUUACCCUGCCAGAGGGAUGCAACAGGGCCUUUGGGUAAAUGUAAAUCAGGCCCUGUAUGUUUUUAUAUGAUAUCAGUAGCAGCCCUAGCUUUCUGGGACCAGUUCCUCAACCACUGUAAGCUGGGAAACACCAUUCACUUCAGUGGAACUUCUGGGCUUUACCACUACUGAAAAUCUGGCCCUUGGCCUACACAGACAAAGUUAAAAAAUUACAAAUUAAAAGCUUGGGGCUUUGGAAAGGGGAGCAUAACAUGUGGGUCUCUCUGUUACAAGGCACAGCUGCUGGGGGAACAAAAGGAGCUUCUGCAGGAAGGCAGCAUGCUUAGAAAUGCAAAGGUGCAGAGUGCGAGUACAAAGGGCUCCCUCUCCACAGACCGCUGACCACUGGGGAAUUUGGGGUUCACAGAAAAGGGCUGGAAAUCAGUAGCCGGUGAUGCUCGGAGCCAACUGUUGUUUGCAGAGCUGUCCAGGGUAAGCCACCUACAGUACACAACAGGGAGAAGCUGUAUUAGGCUCGCAGGACCCAGGGUGCUGCCGCGUGUUCUCGAGCACCACCUGCUGGGACGUGUCUCUCUUAGACACACAGACAGACACUACUGUGUGCUACGGGAUGGACUUGGGGGCACAUGUGGCACAUCUAAAGAUGCACCGGUCUUCGGUGUUAUGCAGUAGAAAGGCUGGAUGGUGGAGCUCCUUGUCGAUGAAGUUCUUGAAAUAUGCAGCCACAUGCAGAAGGCAAUGCGCUCGGAGUGAGCACACCAGUGCCCGUACCCUUGGCAAGUGUAAAAGCCUACAUGACUCUUAACCGCUAUCAUUAUAGUCCAGAGCCACUGUGUGUUUGAUACCCAUGGCUGCUUUCUGCUUAUCACAGGCUUACCGUGCUUGGCUGUCUUCAACACGUCAUCUCUGCAGCCAGAAGGGACAGGCCAGCUUGCCAUCUGCAGUCUGAGCCUAGCCUGACCUGACACACCCAUGGAGCAGACCAGAUGCUGCCAGGGGGGCCAGGUGCUUGGUAUCCUUGCUCCAAAGCAAAGCACCAUGGAGACAGUUGAAGAAAGCUAGUUGCAUGGGCAGGGCAUUCUUCUCUCUUCCAAGUAUUCUUCAGUAUGACCCUGAUACAGCAAAGCACUGGGAGAUGUGUUGGACCUUGUAGGAAGGUGCCCAAGUCCCAGUAGCAAAGCACUUAAGCUCACGGUUCACUACGGAAGAUGAGCGGAAAUGUAAGAGCUUGACUGAGUGGAGAGGGAGUAAGUACUGUGCUGAGCCGAUCAGUAAAUUAAACCAUAUAUGUGGUAAUGCAAUGGCUCUGUCUGCCACAUAACACGGUUGCCUUGGAAAACAGCUAAGGAAUAAAUACUGAUCAACGGCUGCA